AUGGCAACUGCCGAGGGCCAGAAGACAUGGAGUCAGUACGGUGCACAUGUUGUGACCAGGCCGACUCCAGAAGUCGUCGGCAUCAACAGAGAUCUGAUAUCGACCUCUUCUGCUCAGCUGCUUCAGCAUGCCUCCAAGGCUUGGACUGGUGGAAUCAGAGAGACCAGCUGCAUGCACUCCGUGUACCGAGACAGACCAGCCGGACUGCAGCCUCGCGACGUGCUGACACACUCUUUCCAUGAUGUGGACGAACAAGGCGUGUCUCUGGUAUCGUACAAGAACGGAUUCGUCGAUGGCAUCAUCCGUGCUUUCCAGCAGGAUCUCCAUCUCGUGCUGCGCCCUGAUGAUGUGUGGCUUGCCAUCGUGGUCCAGUUCAGCUUCUACGUCAACGGCCACGCUGAAGAAAUGAGGAAAUUCUUCGUCGCCCACGAGGGCCGGAGGAAGCUGGUUGUCAGGACAGGCUCGCCCAGUCCGUUGUCUGUCGACUUCGGCGUAAUUGCCAAGACGUUCAAGAGCUUGAUUCAAGACAACGUUGUCGAUCCCGAGCUCACGUCUUGGAUACUGCCGGACUUUUCGACCACGACGGACGAGGACAUCACCACAACCACUGUAGCCAUGAUGGCGACUACAAAGAGAUACUUUGAAUUCAUCGCAAUGGGCGGAUGCGGUUUCCCCAGCGUCACGCUGCUUGGCGAACGAGCAGACUGGGUCAAGCUUCACGCAAAGGUGGAAAGACUCAGGACCUACGGCGGAGAGCUUGCCGAUUGGAGCAAGCUUCUCACCAAGGUGGUAGGGAAGAUGGUUGAGACGUUUGAUCAGCCAGAUCGACAGGCCACCAAGGACUUCUGGAUGAGAGCCGUCCACCAGGCCGGCAGAGACGGCUCUCUCACGGUCGAGACGCUUUCGGGUUGGAUCACGGCCUUUUGCCGGUGGGACGAGGAGGGCAGGACGAUACGCCAGGUUGACGAAGCAGCAAGCACCAGUUAUGGACAACAACACAUCGAUAGGAAGCGAUUCGUCAUUGACGAUGUUGCGUUUCCCAUCAUCAGCCCCAAGGACGUCCCACGAGCCGCGACUGAAGUGCCGAUAACGUUUCUGGAUGCAUUGACUGGCAUCCGCUACGAGACAACAGCCGUGGCGGGAUUGGUGGGCGUGAAGCCAAGUGCGAGCAUCGAGGGAGCGGAUGGCCCCGUGGGACUCUUCGACUUUAGCGACCUGCCCAUGUCCAAAGUCGUUGGGCUCAAGGUCUGGGACGAGUUGCCCGGCAUUAAGGUGUACGAGUACUUGCACGAGUACGCCCGAAGGUUUCAUCUCCUGGAGCGGUGCAAGUUUUCGUGUCGAGUCACGCACAUUCGCCGUUCGCCGUCGCAAAAGGGAUGGACUGUUGAAGCGCAGACUACAAGUGAUGAUGGGAAGAUAGGUUCCGAGACGUUUGACUGCGACAAGCUGAUUGUGGCCACGGGGAACUUCAACACUCCGAAAUACCCCGACGUCGAGACAUCAGAGUUCAACGGACUGGUGAUGCACACCAAAGACAUUGGGCAAAAGCAUGAAGCCCUGCUCGGAAAAGAUGUCGAGACUGUUGCCAUUUACGGAGGCGGAAAGUCAGCCAUCGACGCCGUCAAUCUCUGCAUAGAAGCAGGCAAGAAAGUCCACUGGAUCAUCAGCGACAAGGGCAACGGCCCCAACAUGCUGUUUAAUGCGCGGCUGAAAGGGGGAUUCCACGUUGGUCAGUUUGUAGGGCGAUGGAAGGACAUCUUUUCCGUCAGCAUCUUCAGCGUCGACACGUUCUUUGGGCGAUUCUUCUACAGCGGCAAGAAUAGGCUGGGGACGUGGCUCAUUGGCAAGUUUUGGUCGUUUGCGGCCAAGAAGAUGAGGACAGGAGGGGUUUAUGCGGGCAUGACGGCUGAGAACAGGGAGAAGCUGCUGCCAGAAGGUAAUAGUGCUUUGUUUUCGGCGGUUGGAGGAGCUGCGUUGCACAGCUGUCCCAAGUUCAUCCCAGAGCUGAGCAAGUCGGAUGGCCUCAUCACGGUUCAUCGAGCACGCAUUACCUCGGCUCAAGGCCAGACUGUGUGCCUAUCCAACGGUGAAAGCAUCCCUUGCCAGGCCUUGGUGUUUGGCACGGGAUGGACUUCUGAAGACGUGCUCUUUGACCCUGCUCAGGGGCUCUCCUUGGGCUUGCGGAAACCUACGGCGCUCGAAGACGAGCAAUCUGCCCAAUAUUGGAAAAAGCUUCAUGAGAGAGCUGAUCAAAAGAUUCUGUCGCUUCUUCCGAUCCUCAAGGAUUCGCCUGGACCCCGGACCACGGACCCCCUGACGCCAUAUCGCCUAUAUCGGUACAUGCUGCCUUCGUCUCUGGCCGCAGCAAAUGAUCGCUCUCUCGUGUUUCUGGGAUACCUGAUUAGCAUCCAAACCCACAUUCUCAGCGAAGUCUCUGCUCUGUGGGCAAUUUGCUGGCUCGAGAACCUCGUUGAUCUGGGCGUUCCAAAGAGCAAAGAAGACAUUGACUAUGAAGUUGCAAAGGUCAAUGCCCGGAUUGACCCUUGUGCCCCCCCUAAAACCGAGAUGCUUCGGGCGUUCGCCCCUGGCCAUCUCUUGCCUCAAUAG